AUGUUUCCACGAGCGCUGGUGCCACUUUGCUUCAACCACGCGUGGCGGCUGCCGCGUGCCGGCCGCGUGCAACCGUGCAUAUCGCAAUUCUUGAGCCGGCAGUGGCACAGCGCGGCGUUUACACAUCGCAGCUGCUCCUUGGCUCUCCCCGCGGCGUCGCGUGCGCCACUUCCGUGGUUAGCGGAACAGGUAAGACAUUUUGCAGGACGGCAACGCGGGCUGAAGCGGCGUAAAAGCAAGAGCGAGCCCCGCAGAAUCCAGCGCGCGGUCGGACGGCGACUAGAGCUCUUCUACCCAAAGCGCGCCCGCAGAACACGCAUCCGCCUCGUGCAGAACUCGCGAGGCAACGUCAUUUUUGAUCCGGUGUUGCGCCGGUUCCUCGUUGUCUACUACAAGCAGGGAGUCCAGGUGUUCCGCCAGUUCCGCGCGACCGGCUCCAGGUUCGAGAUAGCGCGCUCCAGAGCCAUCGCGUUCGCCCGCCAGAUGGCCGAGGAGCACCUGCGGCGGUACCGUGCACGCCCAGGCGCUAGUGACGACGCUUUGCCAUCUCCCGUUGGCUCCAACAUCAUCAACCUCGAGAACAAGCUGCAGCCAGACUGCAACCUCAGUGGCGUGCGGGGCGUUUUCUUCGACGCAAAGUCGGGUGCGUGGGUCGCUGUGUACAAGGACGCAGGGGUGCGUAAGUACCGCCUGUUCCCUACCCGCGAGCUGGGCUUUCAGAACUCCUACUCGCAGGCCGUCGAGUUCCUGCGCUUUGCGCUCUAUCGCAACCACCAGUUCCUGCACCGCAGGACGCGCACGCGCAAAAACAGGCCGGCGCUGAAGCCUUGA